AUGGGGUGCUGUACAUCGAAAUUUCAUCCCACAGAGACACACCCAGAAAAGGAAAAGGUCAGAAAGGGCAGUCCAAGCAACCCACCAUUGAUAGCUGGACCCGAUGCCACCGGGAUUCCACCCUUUUCAGAGUUGUUGUUAACAGACCUUAAAGCAGCCACAAAUAACUUCAGCUCUGAUUUUAUAGUCUCAGAAAGUGGAGAAAAGGCGCCCAACAUUGUUUAUAAAGGCCGCCUCCAGAGCCGCUGGUGGAUCGCCGUCAAGAAGUUCCCCAAGUUAGCCUGGCCGGACCCUAAACAGUUUGUGAAAGAGGCAUGCGAAGUUGGGAAGUUGAGGCAUCGGAGACUGGCUAAUUUGAUAGGGUACUGUUGCGAUGGUGAUGAGAGGUUGUUGGUUGCAGAGUACAUGCCCUAUGACACCCUUGCCAAACAUCUAUUUCACUGGGAAAGUCAGACAAUCGAGUGGGCAAUGCGCGUGAGAGUAGCACUGUAUAUAGCUCAAGCCCUCGAAUACUGUAGCAGUGAAGACCGUCCCUUAUACCAUGACCUGAAUGCCUACAGGGUUCUCUUUGAUGAGGAUGGCGAUCCAAGACUUUCAUGUUUUGGGUUGAUAAAAAACAGCCGGGAUGGGAAAAGUUAUAGCACAAAUCUUGCCUACACUCCUCCUGAGUAUUUAAGAAUUGGAAGAGUAACCAAGGAAAGUGUUAUAUACAGCUUUGGCGCUGUCCUUUUGGAUCUGCUUAGUGGGAAGCACAUCCCUCCAAGUCAUGCUCUUGAUAUGAUAAGUGGCAAGAAUGUUAUUCCUUUAAUGGAUUCACAUUUGGAGGGAAAGUUUUCUACAGAGGAAGCUACUAUAGUUGUUGGUCUGGCCUCUCAAUGUUUGCAAUAUGAACCCAUGGAGAGACCUAUUACAAAGGACCUUGUUGCCGCUCUUUCUCCACUAGAGCUGAAAUCUGAUGUUCCCUCUUAUGUCAUGCUUGGAAUUUCAAAGCAUGAGGAAGCUCCACUAACUCCACAGCGCCCACUCUCACCAAUGGGCGAGGCUUGUUCUCGGAUGGACCUCACUGCAAUACAUCAAAUCUUAGUUACCACACACUAUCGAGAUGAUGAAGGAACCAACGAGUUGUCUUUUCAAGAAUGGACUCAGCAGAUGAAAGAUAUGUUGGAUGCAAGGAAGCGUGGGGAUCUUGCAUUUCGUGAUAAGGACUUUAAGGCUGCCAUAGGUUGUUACUCUCAGUUUAUAGAUGUAGGAACCAUGGUUUCCCCAACUGUCUAUGCGCGACGUAGUCUUUGCUAUCUCAUGUGCGAUCAACCUAAUGCUGCCCUUCGUGAUGCAAUGCAAGCACAAAUUGUGUAUCCAGAUUGGCCUACUGCUUUUCACAUGCAGUCAGUUGCCCUUGCAAAACUUGACAUGCACCAGGAUGCUGCUGACAUGUUGAAGGAUGCGGCUGAGCUUGAAGAUAAAAGGCAGAAGGGAGGGAGAGGACCAUGA